AUGUCCAGGGACUACGGAGGUCGGGACAGAGCAAAGCAGGCGAAAUAUGGGUAUGUCUUUGGCAGAUGCCAUCCAGAGCAGAGUAACACCAACAAGGUGACUACUAUAGAGAGCAGAAUUUCUCAGGCUCCUGUUGCUGCUGGAGACUGUAAUUUUCUCUCGGUGCCCCCGCCGUCUUCUGUCUACCCGCAUCCCCAGGGUGACGUUUCGGUUGCCUCCUCUUUGGACUCUAUUCCCUCGAUUUCUUCCGCCUCUAGUCAACACUUCAAGCUGAACUGUCAUCAAGUAAUGAACCGCGUCGGUACAACCCUGAUUCGAUUCUCGCAGCGAAGCACUUUUCAUGGUCUCAAUCACUUGGCUCAAGCUCGCAGCGCUCAUCGUCGCAUCUUCUGGCUCGCUAUUUCGCUGUUCGCCUCAAUCGGCUUCUUCACCAACCUCUACUUUCUCAUAUACAAAUACAUGCAGACACCGAUCCUCACCAACGUUCUUCACGACGCCCAACCCUUCAUAUAUCCGGACGUAACUUUUUGUUUUGUCAAUUCGAUCUACUUUCCGCCUCGCAAUUCGUCUGCCUACCAAGAGCUUGUUCGACACUUUUCUGCCUACGAUCAGUUGGUGGCGAAGGGUCUGAAUAACAAGAUAAAGUUGUCCGACUAUCUGUACAUGCAACCCCACGCCAACUAUACACAUCCAGCCUGGUCGGCUGUGGUACAGUGUCAUUACCAACACCAGCCUUGCAACUGGCAACACUUCGAUGUCCGGCGUCUCUGGCCCUGGGGCUCUUGCUUCACCCUGAACGCCACCAAGAUGAACAUGAAGCGAGACAUUCGGCACCGCGAGAUCAAAAAAAAGUUCCGACCCGACUUCAAGUUGAUCAUCUACAAGGCAUUGGACAGGCCUGCCGACUUCACACGGGACCUGCACAACGGAGUCGAUCUGCCCCCGGGAAUAGCAUUGAUGAUCCACGAGCCUGGCACGUUCCCGCCGCGCGACGAGUGCGCCAUCGUCAACGGUUGUACCCAGGUGGACAUCAAAAUGACCUGGGUCUCUCAUCUGGCCCACCUGAGCAAGUGCUCCUCCAAGCGGGACAUUCUCGAUCUCUUCGACAUCGGAAGUGGUACCAGCUAUUCUGUGCUGGCCAGACAAGCCGAUUGUAUCGACACCAUUGUCCAACAGAGUGUGGCCCUUGAGUGCCACUGCCUGAUUCACUCUCUGCCCAUCAGCAACAACAUCAGCCAUCUCGACUUCUGUUUCAACGGUAGGUUCAACAUCUCCUACCUGAACGACUGCCUCUUGCGUAGUCAAGCUCACUUUUCUGUGGAACACUGUUUUCUUGACCUCUGCGAACACUUCUCCAUGACCCGAGUGGUGUCGCAGUCGAGUUAUCCCGGAAUACGUGAUCGCUUCACGCAUCGCGACUGGCUUCGGGUGCUCGCCGGCAUCGAGGUCUCUGAGUUGGAGCACUUUGGCAACACCUCGGAUCUGGCGGAAAAAGCUCUUCUUCCUCACGCCAAUGCAACGGGGCCGCCGAUGCGAUUGACCGAGGUGGUUCGUCAGGGUCGCGUGGACCUCUUGAACACCGACUUUGUCGAACGCAACUUUCUGAUGUUACGCAUCCAGCCGUCCGGCUUCUUCAUGGACAAAGUCUUGGAGACUGUCGAGUAUCCGCUCAGCCACCUGUUGAGCGACAUCGGCGGUUGCGUUGGGCUCUGGAUAGGCGCCAGUCUGAUCACACUUUUCGAGUGUGUUGACCUUGUGCUGGACAUGGCCGAGUCGUGGAGUAUGCGCGUGGUCGGUCCCCUCAGACUCACUUCGAGGUGGAAGGCUCAAGCGGAUCAGAAGCGGUACCACCUGCAGCGUAUGCUGGUCGAGCAGCAGCGCCUAUGGGUGACAGGCUUUGAUGGCCGGCUACUGGAUCCGGGACAGACCGUGCGCCAAAUGGGA